GUAAUUUUUGCAAAACGGGAUCCAUGUUUUCCUUUCCCUCCACUCUUUCUUUUAAACUCGCUUUAACAGUAAUGCAAAACUGCGAGCAGUUGAAUGCGAACUCAAUCACGCGACCCCUUGUCAUUUCAUCUACCAGGACCACAUUUUAAUUUUAUUCUCCACAACAACAUUAUUCGAGCCCCACCAACCUAACGAGAUCACACCCCGAGACCUCGACCAACAACAGAAAGAACCCCGCAACAAAGUAGAACCCUAAAUAACAAACUUUCUGCGAAUACCAGUACUAUGAAGCAUAUGGCGAUGAUCCGCAAAGGGCCUAGUUUUUUGUGAGUAAGGUCGUAUUACAACAGUUUUUUUCAUGAAGUUGUAACAAGUUGAAACUUCAUAUAGACACCGCACGACCGCGACUCCCAACACACCAUGUCGUACGGGUGGCUGACCGAGGCGGCAAUCCUUCCGAAGGACAAGCCGGAGAUCAUUGAGUCGCAAAACAAGUCCGCGCUGAACGACUUCAAAAAGCUGGUGAAUGCCCGGAAGGAGGAGGAGCAGCUGACCACCGACCGGGCGCCGAAAACCAAACGGCAGCGGAUUCUGGAGAAAAACGGGAUCGACCCGGAGGACGAGGGGGCGGACGGGGGUUUCGAUCCGAAUCUAAAGAAAUCGUUUAAGGAGACGGAAGAGGAACGGGAGAAAAGGAUUGCGAAAGAAAAAGCAAAACAGGCAAAGAAAAAUGCGGGAGAGGAGAAAAAAACCGCAUCCGGAGGUUUAGGAGCGUCCACGGCGGAGCAGGACAAGCUUCGGAAGCAGAAACUGGCGGAGAAAGCGGCGUACUACGAGCGGUUGCGGCGACAGGGCACGGAAAUGGAGCACGAGGAGGCGUUGCUGGCGCCGAAGAAGGAGGAGGAGAAAGCUGUAUUAACAGAGGAGAAAAACGACAUUGAUGACAAGGACGCCGCUUUCGAGGAAUCCAAUUUGGUUGCGCAGUUGGAGUUCGACGAGAGUUUCAACGAGUUGCAGCAGUUUUUGGACGGCAGUGACGGAAGACCUCCGGGAAAUAAAGGAGGACAACAACCUCCAACUGGUACUGCUUCUACUGCGUCAAGUUCCUUUGGUGCUGGAAAAGGUAGUUCUUUCAAGGGCAACGCGAAGAAUAAUCCUAACAUGGUCCCACUUGGAGGUGCUCCCAGCCAGACGUUAUCCCGCCCCUCCCCGAGUAGUUCCUUCUCCUCCUCCGCAUUGCCGAAAGCGGCCGGCCACGGGAUGUUUUCGAAAGCCGCGCCGAUGCGAAAACCUCCAGAUAGCCAGAUGUGGUCGAUGCCCGAACUACAGCAGCAAAAUAAUGAUCUGCCACCUGUGAACCCGAUGCUGCAGCUCCAAAUGGACAACAUGCUCCCCUCCGGUCUUCCCCAGCUCCCCGAAGUCCCGCAGAUCCGGCCGGGGAUGAGCGAUCUGGAAAGGCAACAGUUAAUGGUGCAGCAGCAACUCCUGAUGGUGCAGCAGCAGCAGGAAUUGUUAAAACUCUCGCAAGCGACCGGAAUCCCCGUCCCCGCUUUCCCCCAGAUGCCAGCACCGCAGAUCAGCAAUGGAAUCGUGCUAGGGAACGUCGCGACGGUGUUUGCGAGUAAAGGCACCGGGAAGAAGGGCAAGAAGGGAACAAAGGGGGAACAAAUUAUGCCCGCAGAGGAGUUAGAGGAACUGGCGAAGCAAGUCGUGCGGCAUUCCGAUGAAGACGCGGGGCCGCAGCCGACGGCCAGUCACGCCGUGCAGACGGUGCCGGGAGUGGGGUUCGUGUUAACGGCGGAUGUGGAAGCAGAUGCGGAGAAAGUGAUGGGCGCGAAGGCGAGAUUCGCGAAGAAGGCGGCGCAGAAGGAAAGUGGCUGAGUUUUUGUGAAUGUCCGGCUGGCGGAGCCAGAGGCAGACACAACACAGGCUCUACGCGGCAGCACUUUCUUUGGAGAAGAUGAAUCUCUUUGCGAUAAAGAAUUUUGGGUCUGUGAGCAGUAAGUAUCCAACAAUUGAAACGACGGCAGCACUGAGGUCAUUCAUUAUCUAUGAGAUGAGACUGAAAAACGACUGAAAAGCGAGAGAGUAAAGUCAUUUGCUACUCAUUCAAUGUUGUUUGUUGUGUUUAAGAGAAGCAAAAGCACGAUUUUGAU